AUGUCGGGCCAUCGACGUGCGGUCAGGAACUUGUGGUCAGCACAACCCGCUACACGGGCCGACCAAGGAGGACGACCCCGCAGACGGCGGCUGGAGGCUGACGCACCUUCGGGCCCCACGCAGGAAGACACCGUGGAGCUGCCGCAGCAGGAUAGCAUGGAGCUCGGUACGAUCGAAAUGGAUUGCAACGGCACCCUGACGAAGGCGAAGUGUGGGCCGAAGCAGAAGGUUAUCGCAUGUAUUUUCGCGAAUAUGGCGAUUGCAGUUUUCGCAUCGACACGCGACGUCAUCCCUCACGACAACGCGACGGACAUCGCCAAGCAAGGCCUCCACGACCGCGAGGCGAGUUACCAGAAUGUAGUUGGGGCGAGAUCAGGGAAGAAGCUGGACCCCACAUUGGUGAAUCGAGGCAGGGAGGAGGAGCACAGGCAGAUGGAGUUUCAGGUCUUCGACAGAAUACCCGGGAGUCUGGCGAAAGGCAAGCGCGUCCGCGGGAAGUGGGUCGACGACGAGCGCUUCGACGAGGACGGCCAAGAGUCGGUCAGAUCGCGUUCCGUGGCCAUGCUGAGGUUGGUGGUCUCCUUCGCCUCAAGCCUCUACUCCACGGGGAUCGGCCGCGCCGGCAUGAUGGCGCUCUACGACGUGUCGGUCGCCUUCUUUCACGCGUACAUCGACGAGGACACCCACAUGGCCCCACCCGGCGGAGAAAAACCAGAAGGCAUCAUGUACCUGCUGAAGCGCGCGCUCUACGGCACGAGACGCGCAUCCUUCCUGCUCCGGAACCUGAUCAUGGAGGUCAUGGAGAAGGGCGGACUCACGCUCGCCAAGGUGUUGGUGCAGGUCCAUUACCACAAGGAGAGGCUGCUGAUGGUGAUCGUCCAUGGGGAUGACUUCCUCGCUGGUGGAAGGAAGGAAUCUCUGGACUGGCUCGACGAGUUGGUGAAGGGACACUUCAAGGCCAAGGCGCGGACAGCGGCGUGGUGCUCCGAAGGGUUCGGCACCCAGCACGACCGCAAGCACGUGGAGAUUCUGGUCAGCACCAUGCUCAACAGCAAGGACUGCAGGGAGUCAUCGGACGAGCUCAGCGCGGAGUACGCGACCACCUACCGCAGCAUGGCGCCCAGUGCCCUAUGCGCGGCUCACGACCGGCUCGAAAUCCAGCAGGCCGCGGGAUACUUCACGAGGGGCAUGGUCGCGCCCACAUGGCACCACUGGCUACCACUACAGCGACUGGCGAGCUACUUGGAGCAGCGCCCGCAGUUCGAGCUCUUCUUCGAGUUCCAGAGGAUGCCCAAGGUGAUUGCGGAGGCGGAGUUCGCAGGGAUCGCGAGCGGCUCGGCGAGGGGCAUUUGGUUGAGGAACGCGUUGCCGGAAAUGGGGUUCGAGAUGACCUCGCAGGUGAACGCGGACAGCUCGGGGGCCAAAGGCAUCGCAUCGCGCUGGGAAGUCGCAAAGGCGCGCCAGCGGGAGACGGGGUUCCUCCGGGCGCAGGAGAAGGUCAUGGACAAGACGAUCUCGAUGGCAAAGACCCACGCGGACACGAACAGGGCCGACAAGCAGACCAAGCCGCUCGAGGGGCCACGAUUCCUGAGGCUGCUGGCGACGCUUCCAUUUCGGACGCCGCCAUCAGGGCGCGCGCAGGUGUUCGGGGCGAUGUUGGCGGCGACGGUACUUGGCGGAGUUCAAGGAACAGAGAUGGCCCCAGCGAAUCAGGCCGCGAUGGCCAUGAGCAACCCGACCGCGAUGGAGCAGGUCUGGGCGACGGCCAUCACGGUGAUGUUCGGACCGACGCUGGCGAUCGCGUUCCUGUCCGCGUGGAGUGGCUACCGCGUGCACGAGCGUCGCCUGUUUGAUAGAAACCCCGUUCGCCAGUUGCUCGAGGGCGCGGGGAGAUGA